AUGACGAGAACGUCAACAGAACUGGGAAUGGUCAGCUGUUUGUUGGCGGAGGGGAGUUGCGGGCAGAGGGCGAGCGUACAUGUCGGGGUGGGUCAUCCUGCCUUGAAGGAUAUCCUGGAAGCUGGGGACGCGUCGGAAGGUCUUGCGGAUGUUGAGGUUCAGCAUAGAAGAAGCACUGCAGAUGCGCAGGGGAGAUGGGAAGAGAGCGCCACCGAUGUCGUGGGCACGUUGUUCCUCCCCGACCCUGACCCCCCUGAGCAGAUUCUGCCGGCGCCGGGAUCGGCCCUCUGGCGGUCGCGCAGUCAGGUCCACCGACGGUUGACCAUCGGGCCAGUCGUGGCCCCAACCUCCCGACCGACACUCAGGAUCCGUCGUCAAACCACAAAAAGGGGUCCCGAUGGCGUCAGGGUGAGGAUCGCCGCAUUCUCCACCCGCAUUCCCUCCGUGGCUUCCUCCGCCUUCUCCCAAGGAAGCCUCUCCCGGCCACGCCCUUUCCAGUUUCAGCGCUUCUUCUCCGACCAGAAGCGCACAUUCACCAUGAGCGAAGGAGAAAAAGUCCGUACCUCCGGCGAGGUCGCCCGCGAGCCCACCCUGCCCACCGUCAACCCGGCGACAGAGAAGCCCGAGCCGGCCCAGGCCACCUUCCACCCCGCGGUCUACGUGACUGUCUGGAUCACGCUGAGCUCCAGUGUUAUCCUGUUCAACAAGUACCUGCUCGACACGCUGAACUUCCGUUUCCCGAUCAUCCUCACAACAUGGCACUUGGCCUUCGCCACGCUGAUGACACAGAUCCUCGCCCGCACUACCACGAUUCUGGAUGGCCGCAAGACGGUCAAGAUGACCGGCCGGGUCUACCUCCGCGCUAUCGUUCCGAUCGGUAUCUUCUUCAGCUUGAGUCUGAUCUGCGGCAACAUGACCUACCUGUACCUGAGUGUGGCCUUUAUCCAGAUGCUCAAGGCUACGACCCCCGUUGCCGUCCUGAUCACCACGUGGGUCAUGGGCAUGGCCCCCGUGAAUUACAAGACCCUCGGGAACGUCUCCAUCAUCGUCCUCGGAGUGGUCAUCGCCUCGUUCGGUGAGAUCAAGUUUGUCAUGGUCGGUUUCCUGUUCCAGCUGGGCGGCAUUGCCUUCGAGGCCACCCGCCUGGUGAUGGUGCAGCGCCUGCUCAGCUCCGCGGACUUCAAGAUGGACCCCAUGGUCUCGCUGUACUACUUCGCACCCAUUUGCGCCGUGAUGAACGGCAUCGUCGCCCUGUUCCUGGAAGUGCCCCACAUCAGCAUGGAGAACGUCUACACUGUCGGGGUCUCGACUCUGAUCGUUAACGCCAUGAUCGCCUUCCUGCUCAACGUCUCGGUCGUUUUCCUGAUCGGCAAGACCUCGUCGCUGGUGAUGACCCUGUGCGGUGUCCUCAAGGAUAUCCUGCUGGUCGGUGCCUCCAUGGCCAUCUGGCAAACUCCCGUCACCGCGCUGCAGUUCUUCGGCUACUCCAUUGCUCUGAUCGGUCUGGUCUACUACAAGCUGGGCGGUGACAAGAUCAAGGAGUACACCAACCAGGCGGGUCGCUCGUGGGCCGAAUAUGGCGCGAACCGCCCGGCCCAGCGCAAGUUUGUGGUUGUCGGCGCGGCCGUCCUCAUCCUGUUCUUGUUUGUCGGCACCAUGGCUCCGAGCUACGCCCCCGAGACCGUUGACCGUGUCAAGGGCGUGUUCCCCGGUAGCUCUGCUGCCGGCAGUGCGUAA